GACUGUUCCAGUAUAAAAGAUUAAAUUACGGUACGAACAGUGCAGCCGAGAUAUUCCAAAAUGUGCUACAACAAAACCUUAGCGAUAUCAGAGGAGUGAAAAACCUGGUAGAUGAUAUUAUUAUUCAUGGUAAAACCCGAAAGUCACACGAUGAAGCACUAGAGAACUGUCUAAAACGGCUAGAAGCACUAAAACUUGAAA